AUGAGGCAAAUUCUUUCUGAUUCUAUAAAGAAAAGGGACUAUGAUGAUCACUUGAGAAACAAAGAUUCAAAAACUUUGUUUCACAAAUGUGCUAGUUCAUCUCAUCAAGAGACUAUUGUUUCACAAAAACUUUGUUUCACAAUUUUCAGCCCCAUUUCGUGCAGAACUACCCACCCCACCCCUACCCCUACCCACCCACCUACCCCCACCCCACCCUCUCAUGUAGAUACAAACUCCAAUGUUGCACAUCUCUCAAGUGGUGAAUCAGAAUUGGAGUCUUCAGAUGAGGAAAAUGUUGGAGGUAAGAGAAAGCAUAUAAAAUGGGAAUCCAUAGUGGGUCCCGCUGUUGACAAAGAUGUAGCACAUGAAGUUGUUGGAUUGAGAGCUGCAACUUUAGGUCACUCUCUCUGGGAAUCAGCAACCUGUACGCACAGAAAUUACAGAGGCUGCAAUGGAAAGGGUUCAGAAAAACUGUCACUUCUGAUUACAGAAGCAUAUAGAGAUGCCCAUCAAAAGAGUGUCCAGGCCAUGAAAGCACGAAUGGGUGAUCUUGCACAGAGCUUAGGAAUGCCCCAAGUUUUUUCUAAUUUUGACAGUCUACUUUCAAGAGUAUCAAGUGAUUCAAACAUUGCUAGAAAUUUAGCUGGUGUAUUAGUUGAAUCAGGACCUCAAAAUCAAACCAAUUUAACAGCAUCAUCUCCAGAUAAGAAGUUUCCUCAAUCUGAUUUUUCUCCUUACCAGAACAACAAAUUUGAGUGGAAUCCAACUGGAUUAGGUAUUAUGUGCGGACUUUAUGAGUUUCAUGUAUUCUUGCACCCAUACCCACAUGUUACCUUGCUAGUGACUGCAACUACUCAAGUUUACAAGUCAAUUGCAUGA